GUCGCCCUUUCCAAUUCCUCAGACAUCAGCAAUGCACGUCGCAGCAGAGUUCCGCUUGAGGGGUUAUCUCAACGAGCUAUUGAGCCAAGGCCACGACCCAAACGAACAAGACAACUAUGGGCGUACGGCUUUAUCUUGGGCAGCUGAGCAUGGAAAUGAUCAGAUUGUGGAGCAGCUGCUCGCAGCACAAGGCGUUGAACCCGAUGCCCAGGGUGAGCCUCAACUACCCCCAAGGCAAUGGCUACCAUUUGGAGAUGAUCGCCAGAGGACGUCGUAUUUUCUGCAUGCCGUAAGGGACGUGCCCUCCUCAGCGGGUGAUUACCCUGCGCCACCACUAUGGCAUGCCGCUAGGAGUGGACGGGCGUCAGUCGUCACACAGCUUCUCGCCUGCGAGAGCGUUAAUCCUAACUUGCCAGAUCCACAGUUCAGUGCCUCGCCGCUAUGGUGCGCCUCAGCGAAGGGGCACGCCGCGGUGGUGAAGCUGCUAUUGGAGCACCCCAAGCUCGAGCCAAAUAUCCGCCUUGCGAAUGGAGGUACCACGCCUCUAUUCAUUGCUGCGUGGAAAGGUUGCACCUCAGUAGUGGAUUUGCUACUUACGAAACAAGACGUGGAUCCUAAUUCCAGGACAAAUAGGGGCUAUACACCGUUGAUGGGUGCUGUCAUACAGGGCAAUGACGCCGUGGUUCAGCGGCUGCUGUCAGACAGGCGGGUGGAUACCAACUCCAAGGAUGACCAAGGUUGGACGUCUUUCUGGCAUGCUCUACGUGAUAGUGAGCGGCGCACAGAUGCAUUCAAAGCCCUGCUCACAGCAGAUGCGAUUGAUCCAAAUGCUCUGGGCGGAUACGGGUGGAAGAGCCUGAGGAUGAUAACACCUCUGCAACACGCUGUAAACCAAGGAAGAGCAGACCAGGUAAAGCUCUUGCUCGCAAGCAAACACAUCAGGGUAGAUCAGGUUUGCCCCGAUGACACCGAAACCCCGCUGAUGAGGGCUGUUUGCCGUCCAUCUGGACUUGACAUGGCCCGCAUGUUGCUCACUGCCGGCGCCGACGCCAACUGGACAGGCAAAAUCGGGAAAACACCGCUAAUGUCUGCGAUAUCAUCGGGGUGCGAGGAAGGGGUCAAGAUUCUCCUUGCACACAACGCUGACCCCAACAUUCAACUCUCCGAUGGCAUGACGCCACUCGAGAAAGCCGUUGAAAAAGGCCAGCAUUAUGUUGUUAGACAACUACUCGAUUCUGGAGCUGAUUUGGACUCGCCCAAUCCUACCAGUGGGCAGACGGCCCUGUUCCUUGCUGUCUCGAUGGGUAAUAAAGCCAUAGUUGACCUUCUUCUAGAAAGAGGAGCCGCGGUUAACAGGCGUAAUAGCCGUGGUCGGACGCCGCUGGAAGAGGCUAUCUCGAAGGCUAAAAAACCCCUAGAACGGCCGUACCAAGCUAUCAUCGAUUUGCUUCUGAAGCAUGGGGCCUGUUGCGCAGCGGCAGGCGCGGGAACAGACACCGUGCGGUGCUGAGGUAUUAUGGGCGAGCAUGAUUCGAAGCCUUUAUAUACAUUUACCCACCAAUCGAGGAAAUAGAAGGCCAGUAUCAGCUCCGCAUAUGUGUUAGAGUUGGAGAUUCCAAGCUCAGGAAAUAAAUUUAAUGAUUUUGAUUAUUUCAUACGGAUAGAAAGCACCAAGUACAAACUAGUCGACUGCAUUUACGCUAUUAUCAAUCUGCUAGCCUUUUUCAAGAAGCUUAAUCUCUUCCCACUAUAUUUAUAUGUCUUAUAGAACGAUGCUAUUUCUAUGUAACAAUUUAAGCAAGACCUCUAUUCGCAUUGGGUCUUAAAGAUGCUU